AUGGUGGAAUGGACUUACGAGCAGGCCGCAGAGGCACUUCAGGCGUGUGAUCCGGCAUGCUUGGUGGCCCCUGAUGUGCUGGACUCUUGCGCCAGGGCCAUCGCACACCCGGAGCCUCGGCGUGUACACUUUGCUCACGCAUGCCCGCGCUGUGGCGGAAAACUCGGCAAGAGAUUUGAAAGAGAAGCUAGCGUGGUGGCUUCCAGCGGUGUGGUCACUGUCAUCCAUGGUUGCUUUCGAUGUUCUGCCCGAGCGUGCCCACUUUAUGGACGGCUCAUAUGGGCCAACUUCGUGUCACGUGACAAUGUUCGCGAGUGGCUGGAUGGUCCGUCUGGCGUGUGGCCGGGCAGUCACCGAGAUGUGCGCAUGUUGUCGCCGAAUUUCGGCGUCACCAACAGCUGGCAUGAACAGUUCUCCUUGCGGAUGCUCAAGCAGCACGCAUCCUGGACGUCUGAAGCACAAGUCUUGGGUCUGGACGCAGUGUUUCCGCGGGCGGCGCCUCGCAUGCUGGAAGAGGCAUGGCUGAAGCUUCAGCUCAGAAAGCGUUGGCCUUGUGCGGACCCGUUCGUGCUCAGCGAGCCCUUCGCCAUCCAAUUUGCCAAGUGCAAAGACCAGUACGACCGUUGCAUGGCCAGGGCAUCCAGGGCACGAAGCCUGGCAGCAGGACAGCCGACAUUAAUCGUCAUCGACGGGAACCAGAAGAUGACGCGUCCCGCUUUCUGCCAGUUCUCCAUCCAGCAAGUGGAGGGCACCAAUCUGCACUACUACCAGGACUGUGGCGAAACUCGUGUCUUCAAGGGAAGGAAUCUCCUGCAAGAAACAUCUGCCGCCGCCGCCUCCAAGAGCACGCGGCAAGCGGCCCGCGGCGGAGCAAGUGCGAGUGAGCAAGCGACUCUGUUUGGCUGCGGAACCUGCGCGGCCUACAGACAGCGUCGGGGCUUCGAGGAUGUGGAUACGGACGCCUGCGGUGACUUCGUGACGUGCAGGACAUCCAAAAUGCCGCGGCGGCUCAACCGACGUUCCGGUGGCUGGCUGGUUUUGUCUCCCAGCGCUUCAUGCAGCGAUGGAUGUCCGACUACCCCCACUUGUGUUUUCCGGCCCUUUCGGUUCAUCGUGGAUCGCUUCCACUACGAAGGACACACAGACAAGUGGUGCCGUGACAACUGCUCUCCAACGCUUCCGCCGCAUGAGGAGACUCUCGAGAAUGUGAGUACAAGCGGUUGCGAAAUCUUGUUUCAGUGGUUCUCGCAGUAUAAGCACGCCUUCCGACACAUGAGCCGGCUUUUUGGCCACUUCUUCGUCACAGAGCUCGUCGACAUGCAUAACAGCGCACAGGCGGCCCGGAAGCGGCCUGCGCCGGGUGUGCGGUGA